AUGGCACCAGGGACAGCCGAGAAGAAGAUCGAGAGGUCAUAUCUGAGCUCCGCUGUUGAUUCUUUUAAUCCUUGGGCUGCUAGUCGCAGCACAACUCCAACUCAAAAAACAAAGCCUGAGGAGGAAACGUCGACGGUUCCAACCUCGGCGAACCCUGAUGAUCACACCACAACCCACCUCUACGGGCAAAGCCUUCGAACAUAUCCCUCAGGAUGCCCUCCUCUAAAGGUUCAGUGGUUCCAUGCCGUAGAUGUUCCCAAGCGGAAACCUCGCCUCAGCAAAUCCACACAGCCCGAAAAGCCUUCGACACUACCAAAGAAGUACAACCCGUUUUCUUCUUCAGACUCAAAGGCUUUAGAAGCCGAGUAUCAGAAGCUGCUCGAAGAACUAGAGGAGGCCAGGACUCGAGCACCUGGAGAUGUGCAGAUGGCCCCGAGAAAGCGCAAAGCAGAUGUCGCAGAUGACACCACAGACGGACUGACAAACCGGAAGCGCGGGCUGUCUGAUCCGCAGUCAGCUGGAGUUCGUGUUCCUGUGAAUGAGGACUUCUUAUUCGACGUUGACAUUGAAUGCCGGGAAUUGGCUCCUGUAUAUUGGCUUGGCCCGGUUUAUGAUGUACGCAGAGGGACAUGGUUUUACCAUGAAGGCUCUAACUUGCGCCCUUGCGAAGAGAAUCUAGCCGCUCAGCUGGAGGAGGGCUACCUCAAAAUGAAGCCAUGGCUAUAUCCCACAAGAGACCGUAGUCCAUCAGGAGCUAAAAGGAACCUCACACCGAAAGCGUCGCAUGAGAACUUACGUUCGACAGCUAAGAGUGGAGGUGAGCAAGCCGGCCAGACGCCAGUUGCUGAUGGUUCUGCAACUGAACCAUCUUCUCGUGGUCAACCCCAGCCCCAAUCAUACCGAUUAUUUGGAACAUACAUGAACAGUCUGGCCACAUACCACGAUGCAAGCACUGCCUAUCUAAAUACGGAUGGUAUGCUUUCUUGGGUGACUUCUUCUAUGUACCAAAGGUUCGCUGGUGGGAGUUAUAUGAGCGGAGUAAGACUGGUACGCGGCUAUUCGGAACCUAGCAAGAGUAAAGAAAAAGACACCGACAAGGACAAGAGGGAAGAGAAACAACCCAACGCAGCCGAUUCGGGUAUUCCGCUGGACGAAAAACAACAAAAGAGUCUGAAGCGAAGAUCAGCUCCACCCACUACCCGUGCUUCACAUGAAGACCUUGCUCAGAAUGGCAACGACAUUACUCCGACCCAAGACCCUCGACGCGCAACACUUCAACGCCAGCUUUCUUCCCUCCUUGAGGGUGAAGGAAAGACAAAGGCCGAAAAGGAAGAAGACAUACGGCGACGUGAAGAGCAAGAGAUACAAGACGAUUACAAUGCACAGGCAGGCGAAACCCAAGGACGUGAAAUCGAGCAUCUGGUGCUUGUCACACAUGGUAUAGGUCAGCUCCUUAGUUUACGAAUGGAGAGUGUCAAUUUUGUUCACGAUGUCAACGUCCUCCGCAAGACAAUCAAGUCAGUGUAUGCCAACUCAGCAGAUCUGAAAGCAUUGAACUCAGAACUUGGGGCUGGACCCGGUAACUGCAGGGUACAGGUGCUUCCCGUGUGCUGGAGACAUCUGCUGGACUUUCCCAAGAAGCGUGAGAAGAAGGGAGAGCGUGACCUGGGAGAUGUAGACGACGAUGAGGAUGAGUAUCCAUCCUUGGACGACAUUACUAUCGAAGGGGUGGCAUUCGCACGCUCCCUGAUCUCGGACCUUGCCUUAGAUGUUUUGCUAUAUCAAAGCUCGUAUAGGGCUCAAAUCUCGAGGAUCGUGCUAAAUGAGUGUAACAGAAUCCUCAAACUAUUCAAAGAAAGAAAUCCUGACUUCAGAGGAAAGAUUCACUUGAUGGGUCACUCUCUGGGUUCCGCGAUUCUCUUUGAUCUGCUUUGCCAGCAAAAACGGGAUCAGUCCGCUGAGCCGAAGUCUGUUCUACGGUUGUGGCCAGCUCAGGAUAUUUCAGAAACACCCAACAAGGACCCUGAGCUCAACCUUGAGUUCAAAGUUGAGGAUUUCUUUUGCCUGGGCUCUCCAAUCGGUCUCUUUCAGAUGCUCAAGGGACAAACAAUAGCGGCCAGACAUCGCAACGCAUCAUCCGACAUCAAAGAUAUCCAUGGGGGAAGUACAGAAGGGGGAUGUUUUCGAACCGCACCGCUUGCUUCAGGAGUAGAGCAAAUAUCCUCCUUGACUGGUCUUCCUAUGUCUGUCUCAUCACCGAAGGUUCAGCAGCUCUUUAACAUCUUCCAUCCAUCUGAUCCAAUUAGUUACCGCCUAGAGCCGCUGAUAUCUCCGACCAUGUCUACACUCAAGCCCCAACUGUUACCAUACACGAAAAGAGGAAUAUUCGGCAAUGUUGCCCCACAGGGAUUGACGGGAAUCGGAGCAAAAGUCGGACAGAGCGUUAGCGGACUGUGGUCAAGCCUGAGUGCUGGCAUCGCAAGUAACCUGCUCAAUCGAUCUCUUGGUUUGAGUAACGAAGAGGUUGCACGGAUUACCGCCAGCGCCGAAGGCGCAGGCCCUGAAACAGGAACCAAGACAGCAAACCGAGACGUGCCAAACGCUGCAGAGAAACGGGAAGCCACAGAUGCACGUAUGAAGAAGCUCGCGGACUCUGCGUCUGUGCCCGACUCCGGAGCCGGUGACCAUAACCCGACACUGAUCGACGAAGAAAUUGAAACCUUGUAUUCCAAUUUCCAAAAGAGUCGUGUAGGGCCAAAUAAGGACCAGGAAACGACAGGAACAGCAACAGCAACAGCGGACGACGAUAAGAAGGCGCGCAAGAUGCGCAAGGAGGAAGCCAAAGUUCGAGCACUCAACCGUAACGGCCGAGUUGACUAUAGCAUUCAAGAUGCCUUUAUGACUCUUAGCUCUAACAGGCCCUUCAAACCUGAGGUAGAUGCUUGGGUGGCUGGCACCCCGCGUGUCGACAGUAUGGUGGGGCACGACACUAAGAAUGGGACCCUCUUCGCAGACGAUGUAAAUUUUGCGACGAAACCCACGCCUUCCGACUUUGGACAUUGUGUUCUGCGCUGCAACCUCCAACCUGUCUGGUCAUAUAUCGCCAACCAAGCUGUUCUUGAAGUUUCCGACCGUUUGCUCUAUGAUAUUGAGAAUAACCGCGCUCCAUAUCGCCACGGCCCUCUAGACUCUCGACUGGGCACAUCGAGUAAACAAGGAAGAUGUUCGACUUGUCAAGAAUCUCUUAAGGAUUGCAAUGGACACUUUGGUCAUGUCCGUCUUCCUUUACCCGCCUUCCAUGUGGGUUAUCUUCGCUUUAUUAUGUCAAUUCUCCAGGAGAUUUGCAAGGACUGCGGCCGAGUUUUGCUCGAAGAACCCGAACGACAACAGUUUCUCAAGGAACUGAGACGACCGUUUUUGGACAACUUGCGACGGACCCAGAUAUGCAAAAAGAUUAAUGAACAGUGCCGGAAGAUUAAGACAUGCCCUUACUGUGGCUCCUUGAAUGGCCAAAUUCGGAAGAUCGGUGUUCUCAAGCUUGCUCACGACAAGUUCGUUGCUUACAAUAAAUCAACUGCUGCGAAGAAAGUCCCGCCUGAGAGCAAGAUCAAAUUUGACAACUCCUUCAACGAGGCAAAACGCGAGAACCCAGAGCUGGACAAGCACCUUAGGAAGGCUAUGGAAGACCUCAACCCCCUCAGAGUUCUCAAUCUCUUUAAGAUGAUCAGUCCUACCGACUGCGAGCUUCUAGGUCUGGAUCCUGCAGAGGGACGACCAGAGAUGUUUAUCUGGCAAUUCCUACCCGCCCCUCCUGUCUGUAUCAGACCAUCCGUCGCUCAAGACAAUGCGAGCAAUGAGGACGACAUCACCACCAAACUAGCUGAUAUCGUGUGGGUUAGUGGUAUGAUUCGGUCUGCUCUGCAGAAAGGCUCUCCAGUCCAAACCAUCAUGGAACAGUGGGAGUAUCUACAGACUCAGAUCGCCAUGUACGUCAAUAGCGACGUUCCUGGCCUUCAACAGCCCGGGUUUGGUAAAGCCACGAGAGGUUUCUGCCAGCGUCUGAAAGGCAAACAGGGUCGCUUCCGUGGCAACCUUUCCGGAAAGCGUGUUGACUUUUCAGGAAGAACCGUCAUCUCCCCCGACCCUAACCUUGGUAUUGACCAAGUUGCUGUGCCACAACUAGUUGCGAAGAACCUGACUUACCCAGAAAGAGUUCAGCGACACAACCUCGAGAAGCUUCGCCAAUGUGUCAAAAAUGGACCAGACAUUUGGCCAGGAGCUCAGCGGGUCAUCAAGUCAGAUGAAGGUGGCUACCUACAAUCUCUUAAAUUCGGCAAUAGAGAGUACAUAGCUCGAGACCUCAAGUUUGGUGACAUCGUUGAGCGGCACCUUGAGGAUAACGACAUUGUUCUCUUUAAUCGUCAGCCUUCUCUGCACAAGCUAAGUAUCAUGAGCCAUCUCGCCAAAGUUCGCCCCUGGAGAACCUUUAGAUUGAACGAAUGUGUUUGUGGACCUUAUAAUGCCGACUUCGACGGCGAUGAAAUGAACCUUCAUGUGCCACAGACGGAGGAGGCUCGUGCUGAGGCCAUCAAUCUGAUGGGCAUCAAGCACAACCUAGCCACACCAAAGAAUGGCGAACCUGUCAUCGCUGCUACGCAGGAUUUUAUCACAGCAGCUUUCCUGCUGAGCAGCAAAGACCGGUUUUUUGACCGCAAGACCUUUACCUAUCUCUGCAUGCACAUGAUGGAUGGGAAGACACACCUGGACAUGCCACCUCCAGCCAUUAUUGCACCUCAAUCGCUCUGGACAGGCAAACAACUCUUUAGUAUGCUCAUGCGACCUAACAAGGACUCGCCUGUCAAGGUCAAUCUUGACGCAAAAUGCAGAGCUUACAAAGCGCGACCUGGCCAAUGCCCCGAUAUGGACCCCAACGACGGCUGGCUUGUUGUCCGCAACUCGGAAGUAAUGUGUGGCCGCAUGGACAAGUCUACUGUCGGAACAGGCAAGAAAGAUUCAAUUUUUUAUGUGAUUCUCCGUGAUUUUGGACCAGACGAAGCUGUCAUCGCCAUGAACAGGCUGGCUAAACUAUGUGCGCGGCAACUCACAAAUCGAGGAUUCUCGAUUGGUGUGGGAGAUGUUUUCCCGACAGAAUCACUAAAUAAAGAGAAGGAGAAACUUGUUGCUGUCGCCUACAAGCAGUGUGAUGACCUGAUUGAAACAUUCAAGGCAGGAAAGCUUGAGAAAGCUGCUGGCUGUAACCAGGAGCAGACGCUCGAAAACUCCAUGUCCGGUAUUCUCAGCAAAGUUCGACAGCAGGCAGGUUCAUAUUGUGUCGACACAUUGAGCCGUAAUAACGCCCCCCUUAUCAUGGCCAAAUCCGGAUCGAAGGGUUCAGAUAUCAACGUGGCGCAGAUGGUUGCUCUUGUUGGGCAGCAGAUUAUCGGUGGUUCACGUGUUGCAGACGGGUUCCAGGAUCGAACGCUUCCACAUUUCCAUAAGAACGCUCGACAGCCCCCAUCGAAAGGAUUCGUCAAGAACAGUUUCUACACUGGCCUAUUCCCCACCGAAUUCAUCUUCCACGCCAUGUCAGGCCGUGAGGGUUUAGUCGAUACAGCCGUCAAGACCGCCGAGACUGGUUAUAUGUCUCGACGACUAAUGAAGUCGCUCGAAGAUUUGUCUACUCAAUAUGACGAUACUGUCCGGACGUCCGGAGGCGGGAUUGUUCAGUUUCAGUUUGGUGCAGACAAGCUCGAUCCUGUGGAUAUGGAGGGCUCGGCAGAGCCAGUUCAUUUCCAACGGACAUGGACUCAUGCCGAGAGUUUGACAGUGGACAACAGCGAGACCUCUAUGACACCAGAGGAGAUUCGAUCCUUUUGCGAUAAAGUGCUGGAAACUGAACGACGGCGUUACGUCAGGCGCGGGUUACUGCAUAAUGAGAUUUUGGAUUACGGGGAUACGAGUGAUUAUGGUAUCGAUGAGCACGAGGGUGCUCGAGGAUUCCUCAAAGCGAUUGAACGACAUGUCGAAGGGCUGGCGUCAAAACUGGAGACCGUACGAAAGUUGGCUGGAUUCAAAGGUGGUGACAUGGUAAGGUCGACUGCUCAAGACCACGCGGAUCGAACUGCCAAGGUGACGCUGUCAACUCUUCGACUCUUCAUCAAGAUGUGCCUGGAGAAGUACAAGAAGGCGCAUGUUGAACCCGGACACGCUGUUGGAGCUGUCGGAGCCCAUUCAAUUGGUGAGCCAGGGACCCAAAUGACACUCAAAACAUUCCAUUUUGCCGGUGUCGCAGGUAUGAGUAUCACGCAAGGUGUUCCCCGAAUCAAGGAAAUCAUCAACGCGUCAAAGGCCAUUAGCACACCUGUCAUCACAUGCCCUCUCGAGAACAACGAGCAAAUCGAAGCAGCUCGGGUUGUGAAGGGACGAAUUGAGAAAACCUAUAUCUCGGAUGUCCUGCGGUUCGUUGAAGAUGAAUGGCGCACGACAGAAGGCAACGUUGUUCUACAGAUUGACUCCGCCGCUCUUUCAGAUAUGCACCUUGGCAUUGGCCCUUACGAUAUUGCUGAGGCUAUUUGUAAGCAGCGCAAACUCAAGGUGCAAAGAGAUGAUCUAUCAAUCGAUGGAGAGCGCAUCAUCGUUCGCGUACGGGACGUUACCGAUCCGGCGACAAAGAGGACUACGGCUCGCAGCAAAGCCGCUGCCGCUGAGACUGGAGACAUGCUGUUAAGGGCCAACUUCUUGCGCCGCUCACUCCCCAAUGUCCCCAUCUCGGGUUAUCCUGAAGCCACGCGAGCGAUCAUUCAAACAUCGGAAAAGAGCACUCAUACUGUGCUUGUUGAAGGCUAUGGUCUCCGGGAAUGUAUGACUACAGAGGGUGUUAUUGGCACAAAAGCCCGUACCAACAAUGUCAUGGAGUGCCGGGAUGUACUUGGUAUUGAAGCAGCCAGAACCACCAUUGCUGACGAGAUUGGUGAGGUGAUGGGCGAUAUGGGCAUCGAUCCGCGACACAUGCAACUUCUUGCCGACGUUAUGACCUACAAAGGUGAAGUGCUCGGCAUUACUCGUUUCGGGCUGUCCAAGAUGCGCGAUAGCGUUCUACAAUUGGCUUCGUUCGAGAAGACCCCGGAUCAUCUCUUCGAAGCUGCAGCUGGCAUGAAGACCGAUCAAAUUGAGGGUGUCAGUGAGUGUAUCAUCAUGGGACAAACAAUGUCGGUCGGCACUGGUGCAUUCCAAGUUGUUCGUCGCUUGGGUAUCAGGGAGGGAGAUAUCAAGCAGAAACCGACGCUGUUCGAGGAUGCGUGGACGGAGGAGACGGCACUUAAGCGCAAGGCUCGCCGAAAGGUCUGA